AUGGGUGCCAAAUGUAAAGGAUGCGGUAGCUGCAUUCUUUUCAUCGUGACCACCAUUGUUGUUUACAAACUCUCACUUCCGGUAUUCCUGGAGAACUUUGACCCGGAAGGAGAUGUCCCCAGUGACACCAGACAUCUCCCGAAAGCUGACAGGACCUACAGCGGCAGGCACAUCCUGUGCCACAAGUUCGAGGGCGGCCUUGGCAGUUUGCUCUUUCAAUACGCAGCCCUGCUGGGCAUCUCCCAGAAUGAGAACAGGAUACUCGUGGGCAACGGUGACCUCAGUCUGCAGACGAUCCUCAAAGGAACCAAGUUCAAGGUUGAAAAGAGCCAGUGUAGGAGUGUCGUACAUGUCAAGGAGAUUGCCUGUUGCAGAUUCGAUGAGAAGCUGACCAACUUGGACCGAGGUAAAAACUACGAGAUUGAAGGCGUCCUCAAUUCCUGGAAAUAUUUCAAAGAUCACAUUGAGGAUAUUCGUAAGGCAAUCGUCUUAGAGGAUACAGUUGUCCAUAAGGCUAAGUACAUCAUACAACGUGCCUUGGAAGCCCACAACCACUCAGCCGCAAACUCUGCCGGGGUGGGCAUGCACGUCAGGAGAGGGGACAAGCUGCACUGGAGUGCUGUAGACCUUGGCUACCGGGUAGCUCCACGGGAAUACUUCAUCCGUGCCAUGAAGUACUUCAGGGACAACGUGAAAGGGGACAUUGUCUUCUUGGUGGUGACCGACGAUCUGCAGUGGUGCCAGGGGAAUCUUCUAGGCCUUCCUGGGGUGAUCCUGACGGGGCAACACGAUCCCGCUGUGGACCUGGCCAUCAUGAGUCUGCUGGAUCACAGUAUUAUCAGUCUGGGGGCCUUUUCCUGGUGGGGGGCCUUCUUGGCUAAGGGAACUGUUGUUUACUACAGGGAUUUUAUUGAUAAGGAUUCUAAAAUUUACCAGCAGUUUGACCCCAAAAUGGAGGAUUACUUUUUGCCAGAAUGGGUUGCACUACCUUGA